AUUACUGUACAAACUAUAUGAAGACAAAGUAAUAUUUACUAGGGUCAAAGUUAGAGGGGAAGUUGGAUUUAUAGAAUAUGCGUUGGUUCGCAGACGCUGGGGAAACGUAGGCAAAAGAACGAGAAAGAGGCACUCAAUUUUAACCUAAAGUGACAAUGUUGAUGUUGCAAUAUAAUACCGUAUUAUGACAUCUGAUGCCUUUAGGAUCCUCGCGAUGGACGUCUGAUGCGUUCAAGGUUUGUUUUACGACAGAAUUUUGCGUAAACGUUGUCCUUUUAGCGCACAGCCUUGUCAAUACAAUAAAUGAAGAUGAAAUAAUCGAAUAUCAUUUGAACAGACAGGCUUCAAUCUGUAAUGUGGAAUAUCUCGAGCGGUUAUCGUCGUGGAAUAUCGCAUUUUCUGGCAGACAGAUGGGCAAAAUAAAGGCAUUGUGACGGACCUCUGUUAUGCCAAAAUAAACAAGUGUUUUUGUUACAAAUGAAUAACGGGAAUCUUACAAAUUGUCGCAGUGGUUCGAUAGCGUAUUUGUAAACGAAUUGAGCGUAAACAAGGAAGGUAAACACAAACAAAUUAGCAACAAAAUUGUGAAAAUUAUGAAGGAAUUUAGAGUAUUCCAGAAAGGCAUUUCAUCGCGUUCCGAUUGUAAAAAUUAUUAAACAGAAAUGUGGGAAUUACUGAUUUGUCAUAUGUGCAAAAAUUUGUUAGAAAACCCGAAGGUUUUAACAUGCGCUCACGCUGUUUGCGAGAAAUGCCUCAGAAGUCUGAUGCCAAAGAAAUAUACGGAGACGUUCAAAUGCCCGGCGUGCUGUGCGACAAUACAAGCCUUCGUUGACAUCGACAAUAAUUUUCUAUCAAACGUGUUGGAUAUUCUGAAACGUGAAACGAACGCGUGCCAUGUGGAUACAGCGUGCGAUGCAUGUUCUGUGCACGGGACGAGAAACUUGCACUGUGCGGAUUGUGAUAUGCAGUUGUGCACGAAAUGUUUACAUGCGCAUCACGAUAACGUGAUCACGCGAGGAAAUUCACACGAAAACGCGCAAUCCUUGACGCAAAAUGAAAAGGGUGUAUCUUUGAAAGAGAUCGAAAACGAACUGGGAAAAAUCCCGACACGAAACGAAAGCAAGGGAGACGAAGUACGGAACGAAAUCGGUUCUCAUUCCACGCAAAACGCAACUGCGUUUGCACGCGAGCAUCAACUGCACAUGCCAUUGAAAUGUAAAAAGCAUCGGCAAGAUUUGACUUUCUUUUGUAACAGCUGCGCGGAGCUUUCGUGCCAGGAGUGCGUCAUUGCUAAACAUAUCGCGCAUAUUUUUGUCGCCGCGUCAGACGCGGCACCAAGCAGCAGAGCACAGCUAAGCACCCUGCUGAAUCAGACAGCCAUGAGAAUCUUGUAUCUCAGCGAAGCUCUGAGGGAAACAAAAGAUACUGAGACGCAACUUGAGUCUUGUGUAGAAGAAAUCCGGAACAUCAUUUGUGGUACGGCGAAGGAAACUUUGAUGAAAAACUCUGAAGCCGAACCGUGUCCUCUGUCGACAGAAAUGACAGGCGAUAGAGAAGAACAAGGAAGAUUUGCCUGCGUCCACAAGAAGCUGGCAGAUUACGAUGAGAAAAGUGAAAAUGCCUUUGGGGACAAGCUCAAGAAAUCAUUCAUUACACCACAGUUGUUGAACCAUUCCGUGUCAGUCGAGAGAGGUCUGAAACUUAGUCCAAAGGGAGAAGCCCUUUCAAAGAAGUUGAACAAGAUUUCCAAAAGAAAAUUCGACGUUUUAGCAGGACAUCGCAGGAAGCUUGAAACAAGAUUGGCGCUUAUCGAGAACUGCCAAAGAUUCACCAUGAAUCUUAUACUGAACGGUAGCGACGAGGAAGUGUUAAUUUUAGAGAACUGUAUUAUGGAGAGCUUGGGCCAGCUGUGUCAAAAUACCCCGGAGGUACCGAUUGAAUGCCCGGAUGAUGGUUAUAUUGCAUUGAUCGGAAGUCUCGCGUCAACCGCAGAAUGUACCAGGUUGCCCGAAGGAAAGUUUUCUAAAGAAGAAAGAGGGGGUGCAGAAUCCACAGAGGAGGACCUGAAGAUGAUAUCGGGUGAAGGGUGUUGUAGCUGUUGUUUUGCAACCGGAAGUGGCCUGAGCAAUGCUAUUGUCGGUCAUGAUUGUACUUUUACAGUUACGGUGAAGAACGAGGCGAACAAAGCAUGUGUUGAGGGUCCCCGUUCUUUAGUGGCUCGUAUUAAGACCCCCAAUGGUGGCUACUUCAGGGCCCAGUUGGUCGAACAUAAGCUCGGGAAGCACAAAUUCCGCUACCGCACCUACGCCGCCGGUCCGCACUUCCUCCGCAUCACGUUACGAGGAGAGGAGAUUCUUGGGAGUCCAUUCGAGACGCUGAGCAGCGGAUCAACGGAUUACUCGCGGCGUGGAAGAUUGGUCACGAAGUGCGGACGACUGGGUGAUGGUGUAGGAGAGCUGUGUCAACCACAAGGCCUGGCCAUUGAUCGUCUGAGUCGCAUCCUUGUGGCCGAUACUGGAAACCAUCGAAUCCAGGUCUUCGACGAAAACGGUCGCUGUUUAUUCGCGUUUGGCCGGAGGGGAACUGGACCUGGGGAGUUUGAUGAGCCAUGUGACGUAACCAUCGCACGUACCGGCCACGUGAUCGUUGCGGACAAGAUGAACAACAGACUACAGUUCUUCACGCCGGACGGGAAGUUCGUGCGAGAGAUGUGUUGUGGAAUCUCACAGCCAGUGGCUGUGUCAACUGAUCAUUAUAAUAAUAUUGUUAUCGUUGAUUCUGAUGGUAGUCAAGCGGUUGUGAUUAACACAAACGGAAAAAGGUUACGAAGUAUCACUCGGGGAUCGUCGGCAAACGCUCGGCUUGAGAACGUACACGCUGUGGCGUGCAACCAGACCGGAGAAACUUUCCUAAUCUCCCGAAUUCCCGCUCCAAAGUCGGACGCUGCAACGGAAGAAUCUCACGCCAGCCUAGUCCAGGUCUUCGACAACAACGGUGGAUAUAUUCGAGAAUUCGUAACGCCUUCGUAUACACGGACGAUUCCGACGGACCUAUGUCGACUAGCGACGGAUAACGACGACCGCGUCCUAGCGACUGGAUCUGGGAACAAGGUUCAGGUGUUUACCAGAGUUGGGGGGCAUUUGACGAAUAUUACUUUCACCGAGAAAGAAUGGAAACAGAUUGAUAUCGGCGCGAUAGCUUUAAGUCCAAGCGAAUCUGUCGUUGUUUGUGAUAAGAUUAACGGACGUAUUUUAGUGUUUUAAAGUUAGCCUGGCCAUGUUUAAGAUUUGUAGAUAAUCUAUUUUGAUAUUUAAUAUAUACUAUGGGAUAUAAAUCUAUAUAUAUAUAAAGAAAAACGUUAACAAAUAUGUAAUAUUAUCAUGUAUUAAUUUAUAAACAAAUAUUGUUAUUGAUAACAUUGUAUUACUUAUCG